AUGGCCGGCAUCCCCAAGCCUGGCCCUGCCAAACUUCGACCUGGUUCGGGUCUGGACGAGUGGCUGGAGGAAGCAAAACAAUGUCAUUACCUCCCGGAGCCUGUUAUGAAGCAGUUGUGCGAGAUUGUAAAGGAGGUGUUGAUGGAAGAGUCGAACAUCCAGCCCGUUGUGACGCCGGUUACAAUAUGUGGCGACAUCCACGGCCAGUUCUACGAUCUCCUCGAGCUCUUUCGCAUAGCCGGCGGAAUGCCUGGCGAGAGGAAUGUGGAAGCCCCGAAGACGGCGACAACCGUAAUUACGUCUGAGGACAUCGAACCGCCCACGGAAAUAACAAACCCGAAGCUGAAGAAGAAGAUCAAGGAGUCUGAGGCUCCGGGGGAGACCGAGGGUGAUGAGACCAUUGGGGAUUCUUCAGAAGCAGAUAAGCCGUCUGACUCGACGAUAGACGAAACCUCGACCGGUACCGACAACACGCGAUUCGUCUUCCUCGGAGAUUUCGUCGACCGAGGGUAUUUCAGCCUCGAGACAUUUACGCUUCUUAUGUGCCUGAAAGCAAAAUACCCUGAUAGGAUCGUCCUUGUUCGCGGCAAUCACGAGUCGCGGCAAAUUACUCAGGUCUAUGGCUUUUACGAGGAAUGCCAGCAGAAAUACGGCAACGCGUCCGUCUGGAAGGCUUGCUGCCAGGUCUUCGACUUCCUGGUCCUUGCGGCCAUCGUUGAUGGGACGGUCCUCUGUGUGCACGGAGGCCUGAGCCCGGAGAUCAGGACCAUCGACCAGAUCCGGGUUGUUGCUCGUGCGCAAGAGAUCCCUCACGAAGGAGCGUUUUGUGACCUUGUAUGGAGCGAUCCCGAAGAUAUCGACACCUGGGCUGUCAGCCCGCGUGGUGCCGGUUGGCUCUUUGGCGAUAAGGUUGCGACUGAGUUCAACCACGUGAAUGGGUUGAAAACCAUUGCCCGUGCCCAUCAACUGGUCAAUGAAGGAUACAAGUUCCACUUCCCUGAGAAGUCUGUUGUCACGGUCUGGUCAGCUCCAAACUAUUGCUACAGAUGUGGCAAUGUGGCAUCUAUCAUGACCGUCGAUAAGUCUCUGAACACCAAGUUCAGCAUCUUCUCGGCAGUGCCAGAUGACCAGAGGCACGUACCUGCUGGUCGACGCGGUCCCGGCGAUUACUUCUUGUGA